AAAGGUCAGAAAGGGAAUUAUCAUAUUCAUUGUUUAUAGUGUUUUCUUAAAGCCAACUUUGGUGUUCAGACUGAUGUAAAACUUACGCCAGGAGAAGGGGAGAGUGCUACCUUACCGUGCUCUGUGAUCGACAGCGGCACAACUGACAAGAGAAACUUUACCUUCGAGUGGUCACUGUUCAACAACACCACACUGCAGUCUCGCAAUCUAUCAAGCGAGGUCCUUCAUUCCGACCAGGCGGGAAAGUACACGCUUCAUCACGGCAAGACAAGCUGUAAUCUUACGAUUCUAAACUUGAACUUGACGGACGAAGGAAGAUACCAAUGUGACGUUCAUGACUCCUUCUACAACCAGUCCAACUACAAUUCGACAGAAAUUGUCCUCGGGGGUGCCUUUAAAGAUGAUUCAUUAUCAACGGCAGCAACGAACUACGUGAGUGAUGUAGGAUUGGCGGAAUUGCAAACCUUAACCACGAAAACAGCAAAAGGGUUAGCGACUACUGCAUCUGUUCCUGUUGCACCUGUUCCUACUACUAUAAAUGGCCUUGUUUUGAUCGUAGCCGCAUCAUCAGCUGGACUGUUGGCAAUGGUGAUCGUAAUCAGCCUGAUAGUGGUUGCAUUAAGGCUACACAAAAAACGUUAUUCAGCGAUCCCCGCAAGUCAAACAAAUGUUGCGAGCACAGCUUCUGUUACUUUCAGAGCAGGCCACUCACAAGGAAACGCGCACACAAUCUCACUGAUUCAACCGAACGGAGGAGAGCAAGAUGCGAGAUCGUUCCAUGCAGACACCGCAGCUAGUGUAGACCUUAAUCUAUCUGCGUCACCGCCUGCGUCACUAAUCGACAACCACAAGGUUAUACAACAUUACGAUAGUGGGAAUGGGGUUAUGUACACUUCAGUGAACCGCGAAAAGCGUCCUCAAGCGUCAGCAGCUCCCUACACCGGUGUGACGCGGGGUGCAACAGCCAUCAAGUACCAACCCAAAAAGGUUGCCCGUCCAGGCGAACUGGUCUAUGCUGAUUUGCAGCACACACGACAUCACCCUCCGAACGCACCACCAAUAAGAACCGAACCUCCUACGCAGUACGCUGCAAUAAGCCACAACAUGACUCGAGCCCUUCACAGGGAUAUUUCAACCCCAGCUGGCCACUACUUUGACAGCGACGAGGAAGUGGAACAAUUUAUGGUGGGGUUAGAGGACGAAGCGCCACCCCCACCGCCUCGCGGCAUUUUUGUUCCACCUGUCUUUUAUUAACGGGGGACUUUUGUGCGCUUGGU